CGGGACUGAAACGCCUGCAGCUGAGCUCGCGCUGUAAUCUGUGACAGCUGGAAAUGGACAGUAGCGACACAGGAGCUGUGCAACCGUCUUACACAGAUAUGAAGCGUCCAAAAACCAGCGACUGGAGGGAGAGCAGCCCUCCUCCGAAGAGCCAGGAGGCACAGGAGGAGGAAGAAGAGGAAGAAGACGAAGAAGAGAGGAGGAUGGGGUCUGGGCUCAAGGCCAAGCGGGAGCGGCGACAGGGCAGCGGCAGUGCCACUGUGUGUCAGGUGUGCAACAUACAGCUGAACUCCAGUGCCCAGGCACAGAUCCACUACAGAGGGAAGACUCAUCAGAGAAGACUCCGCCGACUGGCAAAAGCUGUCAGUGCAGGAGCACUAUCCCAGAACCAAGUCCACCCUCUCUUGGGCUCCCUGCCCAUGCCAGGUCGAUCCCUUCAGCAGCACACUCAUGCCCAGCUGGAGCACUUCUUGCCGCUCAGGGUCAACGGCUCCUCGCCGCUUAGCCUCUUCCCCAAUUUUAACACGAUGGACCCAGUGCAGAAGGCGGUGAUCAACCACACUUUUGGCAUGACUCCACCCAAGAAAAAACCCAUCAUCUCCUGUAACAUCUGCCACCUGCGCUUCAACUCUACUACCCAGGCAGAGGCCCACUACAAAGGUCACAAGCAUGCUCGCAAGCUAAAGGCCUUGGAGACCCAGAGGAAUCGGCAGAAGAACGGACAGAGUCAAUCAAUAUCAAGCAAAGACAGAGAUAGGGACAAGGGUGUGAUGGGAGGAGUAACUGGGCCAACAGACUCGCAAUCGAAAGACAAAACAGGCCCAGUCACGUCAUCCACUUCUGCACAGCAGCAAAUGGAAAUCAGCAAAGGGAGCUCACUGGCUGCCACUCCCUCUUCACAAACUUCAUCCACGGACUGUUCGUUGCUAGCCUCUCCUCACCUAUCCCCCCAUGUUUCCCCGAGCUCUCAGUCUUCUGAUCUUCCCUCAAACGUUCCACAUGUGGAAGGGUGCAGCACGGCCACCAGUUCAGCACCACAGUCUGAGCCUCAGGGAAGCUCGACAGGAGGCGAGGAGGAAACAGUGAAGGUGGAAGAGGUUAAAGAGUCCAAGAGCAACAAAAAACAUCUCCACUGCCCUACAUGCAAAGUGACGGUCAAUUCCAGCUCCCAGCUGGAGGCUCAUUGUAGCGGCUCUAAGCACAAGCAGAUGCUGGACGGUCAGAAUACCAGCCAGCCACAACGUAGGGUCAAGAUGACAUCAUCAUCCAGACCAGCCUGUCGAAUUAAGCAGCGAAUGGGCAGCAAAGCCAGACCAGCAAGACCAGUUGGUGUAAACAAUCAGCCUUUUCACUGUGAACUGUGCCAAGUGUCUGUCAACUCAGAGUCACAGCUGAAACAGCACAUGAACAGCAGGAGACACAAAGAGCGUUUGGCUGGGAAGCCUGUCAAGGCGAAGUUCACCCCCUAUAAUAAACUACAGCCCAGUGCUGUCUUAGCGACUAAACUGGCCCUACAGAAGCAGCUAUCCAAGGCCCUGCCACCGGGCUUCCUGACCAGCCCCCUUAAUCCAGCUGCCCUGUGCACCAUGGCGUCUGGACCGUUGGCACUACGGCUUCCACCGGGCCCUACAGCCAUAAUCCAGGGUCCCCUGAUCAGCCCCACGCUCUUCAGGCCUGCCCCAGGACCGCUGAGGGCCACACAUGCUCCUAUUAUCUUCUCUCCUUACUAGCAGGGAGCAUGAUGCUGAAGGACCAACAGCACAGCUGACCUAACCUAGCUAAAACUGGGAGAAAAGAUUAAACUGGUCUUCUGAGAACAAAUCACAGCCCCCUCUGAGUGACAAGGACACUACACAGAGAGAGUGGGGACAACAUAUUAUGUCAAGUUUGGCAAGUCAUAAGAGCAAAGGGCACAAUCCCCUGGUGUGGAUUGAGAUUUUGGCGCUGACUGACCAGCGUCUCAUACUUAAAAAUGGAAGGACCAUUGCUCAGCUGUCUCCUGUCAGCAAACUGUUGAGUGCAUGUUCCCCGGGGUCUGGACCCCUCUGGAAGCCAUAAGAAUAAGCAUCCUCUAGUUUUAUUUAUAAAAUAAUAAGAAACUAAUACACUAGGGUGUUUAAGUGUUACAGUGUUUGUUGCCAAAAAAUUCUUUAAUUUUAGGAAGUUGUACUCUGGGAGAAGAAGAAAAACACUUUAUCUUUGCUUAAGUUUUCAUAACUAAAUCUGAAACUCCCAGGAAAACUGCUGAUUUCCAUAUGCCAACAUAUGACAAAAAAAAGUGCAGAUCUGUAACUUGUCAGGCUGAGACGACGACAAUGACGACAACGAAUCCUGACAAAUGUUACAAUUUUACAGCCAUCAACAAAUACAAAAUGCCUUUUUUUAAAAAAAAAAUAAUUUAUUUGAUACUGAAGGUUGUAAGAGUGCUGUGCUUGAAAGCAUUUUACAUGGAAAGUGUGCACUACUACCAUCCAUGUCUCACCAUUAUACAUCAGAGCAAAGGAUCAAGGGAAUGUUUCUUUAAUUUAAACUCUGUUCUGGCCAUACUAGAAGAAUAAAUCUUCAUAACACUGACAAAUACCAGUAGUUUAAAAGUUCUAAACCAGUUAACCACCAUCCUUUGAAUAUACACAUAAGUGUUACAAGUGUUUGACACAUCAGUCUUUACUGUGCGACCCUCAAUCAUAGAUUGGUUCCCUAAAUUGGAACUCGGUAAUCAAAAACUCUGAUGACAGGAGCCACUAUGAUGCAUGUUUUUUAGGAGAAUUUUAGAUGGCUUCAUAGGCAUUAACACUUAAAGUCCCCAGAAUUACGGUAGCAGGUAUAAGCACUAUUUAAACAUAAAUGGUUUAAAACACACUAUAAUGUAGUUGUAUUUAGAUAUAAGAGUGUUUUGUUUUAACAAUAGUGCAGUGUAUUUGUAAUAAUCAAAAAUCAAAAUUAGAAAUCUUGAUAAAUACAAUCCAUUGAACAACACACUCCUUAUAUCUAGCAACUUAUCUAAUGUUUUUUUUAUGCUGCCUUAGAAAAGCUAAAGAAGGGGACUUCAAGUAUUUCCAGUGAAUUAACAAACUGUAACAGCUUGAUGCUGUUUGUGCAAUAUGAACAGAUGGAUGGAUGUGUGUUAUUCAUCAUAUCAAAAGGCUUUAUCCACAAGUUUUUAAAGUGUCUUUAACAUUAUAUUAUAAUUAUUAUUUAUAGAGUGUAUUUAAAAAAGAAAAACAGUGUCCUCUCAUUAUAGAAAUCUCUAUCCUACAUGGCUGUGCUAAAUCACCCUAAGCAAUAUGUAUUUUUAAGUGUCACCCAGUACAAUUAAUGACUAGUGUAACUGUGCAUCAAUUGCAAUAAUGUAAAUUAUAAUGUGGUAAAAAAAAAAAAAUGUUGAUACUGUAUUCUAUAUGAACUUAUAAAUAGCCCUGGUUUUUAAAUCAUUGUGCUUGUGUUUUUUUUGUUGUUUUUUUUUUACAGGCAAACAAGUGUCUUUUUCUUCUUCUUAUAAUUUCAUAGUGGACGCAUGUCAUAAAAUAACACAGUCGACUGAUACAAAACGGGGUUCAGAAUUAUUGUGUUUAUAAUUAAAUAAAAUGAAUGCGUCAUAUGACAUGAGUCUACGGGUUGUAGAAGAAAUUACACAUGUGGUGAAUUAUUGACCACUGAGGAUUUGAAAUAUUUUUACCUGAUUAAGUCGCAGUUGAUCUGUUCCUUGUGCCUGUAUUUUAAUAGCUUA